GAAUCCCCACACCACCAACUUCUUCAGUUCCUUAACACACACCAAAGAAAAACAUAAGACAUGACCUGCGCCCAAGCACUCAGCGACAAGUACCAGACCUGCGAAGAAGUCGGUCGUGGGCGCUUCGGCACUGUCACGCGCGUGUACGCGCCGUUGACCGGAGAGUUCUUCGCCUGCAAGACCAUCCACAAGGCAUCACUCUCCGACGACGCGCUUGACCGCGCUUGCAUAGACAGCGAGCCCAAGCUCAUGGCCCUGUUACCUCCGCACCCAAAUAUCGUUAAAAUCCACGAAUUCAUCGACACCAUCGAUUCCGUCUCCAUUGUCAUGGAGCUCGUCGACCCGACGGUUACCGUCUACGAUCGCUUGGUCUCCUCUGGCACUUUCUCCGAGGCCCAAACGGCGUCGUACGCGAAGCAGAUCCUCUCCGCCGUGUCGCAUUGUCACCGGCACGGCGUCGUUCACAGGGACAUCAAGCCGGAGAAUAUUCUGGUCGAUCUGCGAAAGAACGCCGUCAAGAUCUGCGAUUUUGGGUCUGGGAUUUGGUUGGGUGAGGACGAGACCACCGUAGGCGUCGUGGGCACGCCGUAUUACGUGGCGCCGGAGGUUUUGAGGGCGACUCCGUACGCCGAGAAAGUCGACGUUUGGAGCGUCGGCGUCGUUCUCUACACUAUGCUCGCCGGAACUCCUCCAUUCUACGGAGAGACGGCGGAGGAGAUCUUCGAGGCCGUGAUCCGCCGGAGUCUCCGUUUUCCUCCAAAGAUUUUCCUGGGAGUUUCCUCUGCGGCGAAGGAUUUGUUGAGGAAGAUGAUCUGCAGAGAUGUUUCUCGGAGAUUUUCAGCAGAACAAGCACUGAGGCAUCCAUGGAUUGUAAACGCAGGAGCAGCGGAAGUAGAGGAAAACUUCAUCUAAUCCUAAGACAGGUUAUUUAAAAAAAAAAAGAGAAAUAAAUAAAUAAAUAAAUAAAGUCUCGUCUCGAUAAGUUAUCUUUUCGUCUUGCUAUGUAAAUAGCUUAUCGAGAGAAAAAAAAAAUGAAAAAAGGAAGAGAAGAGAAGAGUUUAUGGAAGAAGACGAAGACUCUGCUGGAGAAAGCGGCUUCUUUAGUUUUUUCCCUUUUUUUUUUGUUGGGUUGAGGGUGUACGUAAGGUUAAUAUAGGCCGUAGAACAGAGGAUUCCGGUCUUUCUCCGCCUUUUAUUAGUUCGGUUGUUUUUUUUGCUCCUUUUUUGGGUGAGUAAAAAGAAUAGAGAAAGCAAAGAUCUUUGUUGUACUACUCUUUAUUUCUUUUUCUUUUUCAAGAAUAAAAUAUUUUUUU